ACUUCUGGGGGUGGAAAGGUUUAAGCUAUCGAUUCGGCUAGUCCCUCUGCCCGUCCGCUAUUAUUCAGCAACCGUCUGACUUAUCAGUCCCUGUAUUCUUGGAGCGAGUCAUCACCAAAGCCUCCGGAUACACCUCGAGACAUUUCUCAACAGUUCACGAUGAUGGGUGACUUUUGGCUGGGAGAAGCAACAAAGUGGAUAUUACUAUUGACUCUUGCUGGCACUUUAUGGAAUCCUCCGUUUGUCAGCAGCGAAACGUGCAAUUCCAAAAUCAGAAUAAGACCCGUUGUCGACAUCUCUUCAAGUCCAGAAAAUGUCAGUUUAGCCGUUGGUGCCUCCAUAACUCUGACUUGUAAAGCGGAGCCGAGAGCUAUAGAUACAGGUUAUAUAGAUAGAUGGGUCAAGUAUAUUCAGUGGUACAACCCAAAUGGCACAGAAGUUGGAGCAAAAUGCCAGCAGCCUUCAAACAUACUUGCAUAUAAACGAAAAUUCAGCUGCCCAUUGGUGUUUAAAAAUCUGACAGAAGACGAAUUUGGCCACUAUAUUUGCCAAGCGGGCAAUCGUUAUAGUAAACACUGCACAAGGAAAUCAUUUGCAAUAGGUUCUGCACCAGUUUUUUUGGAGGUUCCAAGGAAUCAAAGUGUUUACAUAGAUUCCAAUGUCACUUUCGAUUGCAAUGCUACUGGUCUUCCAAAGCCAAGCAUCUCAUGGAUCAAGAACGAUGAUUUUCAUACCUUGCAAUCCAACUCAAGUACAAAGGAUAAGAAAAGCAUCCACAGUGAGCUCUCCAUAACGAAAGUGAAGAAGGAAGAUUUUGGCGGAUAUAAAUGCGUGGCAAUUAACAGCGUUGGAAAAAAGGUAUCAUUAUCGGCCUUCUUAAGCCUGAAAGAAAAGCGGGAAGACCCAAAAACCCAAAAUAAUUCAGUUGAUUCCAACGGAAUUUUCAGCCUCACUGCCACUUGUCAUUCCAAGCCAAACAAGAGCAAUGAUUCAAAUGUUUCAAAAACUAAUUCAAUGGUAAAGUUCAUUGCAACUUCAGAUGCCACAAAAUGCCAUAGCAUACUAAGCAUAAAGCUUAUCAACGAGAGGACGAACGAAGAUGGAGGUACAUAUCAAUGCCGAACAUCUGGAAAGGGAAAGUCAAAAUUGGCCUCUUUACACGCAAAGGAAGAAAUUACAGAAACAAGACUACAAGAAAGCUCAACUACUCAGAUUGCGAUAGCAAUCGCUGCAUCUUGUGUGGUGGCAACCUUGCUUAUCAAUAGUAUUUUGGGGCUUUUGUGGUACAAGCGAUUUAAAGGUGGCAAAAAGCGUGUUAUAAUGGGACUUAAUUCGUGGCGAGAUGACACUUCCGAAGCUUUUCUGGUGGUCCUCAUAGUCAUGAGUGGUUUGAUAAAUCUCCCUGGAGCCACGGGCAUGAACUGCAACUCUAAACUGACUAUAAUACCUGAUGUACAGAUUUCCACAAGUCCACAAAGGCAAGAACUAUCUGUAGGUACAGCUGUUAACCUGACUUGUAUGGCAAAGCCCAGGAGCAUUGAUGCAGGGUAUUACGAUAGAUGGACCGAGUAUAUUCAGUGGUACGGUCCACAGGACAAGCCAGUUGGACACAGAUGUGUACAGGGUAGACAAAUGGAGUUAAAACAUAUAUGUACGUUGAUGUUAAAAAAUUUGACGGAAGAGCAACUCGGUAGCUACACGUGUGAAGCAGGAAAUGGUUAUCGUGCACAUUGCAGAAGAAAAUCAGUCGAAAUUCGUCCGCGAGACCCCCAGCCCGUUCAAAGUGUGAGAGAUCCAAAGAACCAAAGCACUAUUGACGAUUUUACGGUAAAUUUUACCUACACCGCCAAAGAUCGUCUCAAGCAAAACAUCUCAUGCGUGAGGGACAAUGAUCCGUAUUAUGGACAAUCCAAUCAAAGGGCCAAGGAUCGGUGGAACCUAAGUAUCGUUAUCGGCUCUGAUUUAACUUUGAAUUGUAUUACCACUGGUCAUCCCCCUGGUCACCCUCAGUCCGAUAUAAGGUGGACGAAGCACAACGGUUCAUAUGAUGUCCAAUCCAGGUUAAGGGCUAAGAUCACCCGAGUUCGACGAAACCAAACCAUUCACCACCAACUGUUUAUAGCAAAAGUGAAGAAGGAAGAUGGGGGCAAAUAUCAGUGCGUUGCAAGUAAUAUAGCUGGAGAAAAGGCAUCCAUCGAGGUCAACUUACAUGUGAAUGAUUUAGAUCCUAGAUCUGAUUCACGUACGCUGACCAAAAGGAAUGGUUUGCCAAUUUUACAGCUGACUGUGAUCGCUUUCGUAGUAUCUGCAUUUGUAUUUGCAAUUGGAGCAUUUUUAUUGGAUCGACGUCUUGUGAAGAUUAGCAAGUCGAUAUCCAUGAGUCUCCUCCGAAAGCCAGAGAGGCGUGGAGUUACUGCCUUUACAUCUUACAGAGUAUCUUGACUCUGACAACCGACCGAAUAAGAGCAACCGUCACUCUUUCUUCACCAACCUGCAGAGUAACCAAGCUAAUAAUUUGUUUCAACGGACAGAGUGUUGUGAUUAGAAUCAAAUUAGAGCGAACAACGGACAGAGUAACCACGCUAAUUAAUUUAACAACGGACAGAGUAUUGUGAUUACAACCGACUAAAUAAGAGCAAACAACGGACGGAAAAGCCAAGCUAAUUAUUUCUUACAACGGGCAAUGUACCAUGACUACUACCAACCGAAUAAGGGAAGAGUAACUUCUUACUAACCGAGCGCGAGGGCCGCACUAAAGAAUUUUGGAUUUAAGUGGUUUGUUAACUUUCAUGACCAAAAAUUCACGGCUUAUGACCGUUUCCUUGGAAACAGUCCGUAGGGCAAAUAUGGACCGAGUGAUAACCAAUUAGAGGGCUCAGAUUAAUCCGGCCAUGUAAUAAAACUAGUUACUGGAGUGGUGUCCACAUUUUAGCAAAUAUAAAAUAUGUACCAAUUAUUUUUACGGCUGAAUGAAAAACGUGCGUACAGAUGACAGUUCGUGACCGUGUAAGUCCCCAUAUCAAACCAGGUGAUAUUUCAAUAACGGAAAGUUACGCAGUACUGUUUACUUAUGACAGACUCUGACUGAGUGAUGUUCACAGUUGACCGAACACUUGCAAAAAAGUGACUGAGUUAUAUCUACAAAAGCCCAAAAAAGGUUUAUUAAAAAUGUAGGAUCUCUUCGUAUGUCAAGCGUGGAUUUUACCGAGACUUGAAGUAAACAACGGCACCCUUUGAAAUCUCA